UUAGCUUAGAUUGCUUCUAUUUAUUCUUUAUGCAUACAUCCACAAAUUCUGUCCGAAGUCGAGAAUUAGUUCCCUUGAUAAAGUAUUGUCAAUUCACUCCAGCACCGGCUGUUUAUGUAUCUAUAUAUCCGAUGGAUGCAAAUUAACGCUGCCGCUACACAUAGUUUCUCGCAACUUGCGAGCCAUCAACCGACUCAAAAGUUACAUAUAUUGUCAGGAAAAAAGAGGAUAAGUUUCGUAAUAUUUUCUCAGUAAGGCGUUAGUCUUAUGUAAAGUUCUUUGAUAAUGAGAUUGAUGUCUUCAUCGUUUGAAAUACAUACAAGUUGUUGCGAAAGUAUCCUUCCUUUGUCAUAUUCGGACUGUAUUGAUAUGUAAGUAUCAAUUAUUAGUACGAAAACAAGAAGCUACAUUAAGAUCUGUCUCAAUAUUAAUUUGUUUGGUAGUUGCAGAAGAAUUUAUUUUCUGGCACAGUGCUGUAACCACCCAAGUCUUGGUUUUGGAAGUCUUUUGGUGCGACCGAGUUUUAGUUUUGUUUUGCUGUUAUUAACUUUGAUUGACCAAGUUUAUGAUCAAAGAAAAGAAGGUGAAUACGGUGGAACUGUUGAUGAAAUUUCCUACAGUUACUGAAGUUUGGAUAUAAAGAUAUACUAGCUUCAGUAUAAGAAAAAACAGUUUUGCCGACUUGAAGAAUCAAGUAGAUAGUAGAAUUCAUUUUAUUGAAUAUUUUCAUUCUUCAAUGAGAUAAAAUGAAUGCAAACUCCUGAAAAUUUUAAAUGAAACCAUCAUGUUAAUGAAUAAUAGAUGAAGUCUUACAAAAGCAUUGGUUUGAUUUUGCAGUAUUCAUUUACUAUUAUGGUCUCUAGAAAAAUCAGAUUUUCACAAGUAAUUGAGAUUAUCAUUUCUCGUCCAAGUUACGUCAUCAAAUUUAUAUUUUGAAAACUGCAGUUAUGUGUAGAACACCUGUUACAUUGUUUACUUCACUUCAGUUAAAAUCUGCAUUAUUUCCUCUGACUUCCAAUUUACAAUAAAAGCAAUUUUAUACUAUAUUCACAUAUGUCAACUGAAUGAUUUUUGUCAAGAACUUAAACUUGAAAAGCUGACUAAAUAUUUUCACUUAGACUGUGUACUAGUUCUUUCAGAUCUGGAUUUAACUAAAUGGCUGGAAAUAGUUUAAGGAUUUAUUUUGAUUUUAUCCACUUAGCAUUUAAAUUGGUUAUAUUUGACCCAAAUAUUCUAUCUGAUUUAUGUUCAAACUAGCCAGAUCCAACCUAUCACAUCUACUCUACAAUGUCAUUCUAGAAAAUAAACAAUCACAUCACUGAAAUCUCAAAGCUCUGAGAUAAUGUAGGAUUAAUUCAAAAUAAUGUGAAUAAAUAAGCAUCAUAUUUGACAGAAUAAUCCGAAUGCUAAAGGGUUAAAAAUUACCAAAUUUAGUUCUGGAAAAGGAUUCUAUCCUACAAGAAAUUAGAUUACAAAUGUUUGCAGUUGAGAAAACUUCAAAUUUAAUGAGGAGAGGGAAAGGAAAAAAAAUAGGACUAUUUUACAGGAAGUAUAGGUUUAGAAUAAUUCUUUGGAAAUUUGUUCCAACAUGUCCUAACCAUGAUGGUGGCUAAAACAGACUAAAGAACAUAAAUCAGAAAAGUAAAAUAAUUUUUGUGAUUUGUAAAAGAGAACAUAAUGGAAGAUGAAUCAAAGAGUCAGCUUCUUGGAAAAACACAGCCGGAAAAUAUUGAUUUUUCUCAUGAGAAACAGGGAGAGAUGGAGAAUAAAUCCCACUCCAAAGACAUUUUUGCGACAAAAAAUAAUUUAAAGCCAAAAAAAUUUCCUCACUCCGGAUCAAAGUCUUACCAAUGUAAAGAGUGUGGCAGAAAUUUUACAAGAAACAAUUCUUUAUAUCGGCACCAGCUUAUUCAUACAGGAGAGAAGCCAUACCAUUGUGAUAUCUGUGGUCGAAUGUUUUCACAAGAGAACAGUUUACAUAGACACAAGUAUAUUCACACAGGGAAGAAACCAUACCAAUGUGAUAUUUGUGGGAAAAGGUAUACUGGGAAUAGUGAUUUAUCUUGGCACAAACGUACACACACAGGGGAGAAACCAUACUGCUGUGAUGUCUGUGGUAAAAGUUUUACCGGAAAUAGUGAUUUAUCUCGGCAUAAACGAAUUCACAUGAGAGAAAGACCAUAUCAGUGUGAAAUCUGUGAUAAAACGUUCUCUACAAGUAGCCAUUUAUACAGACACAUACGUAUUCAUUCAGAGGAUAAUCCAUCAUACCAGUGUAAUAUUUGUGGCCAAACAUUCUCAAUCAGUGCUAAUCUAUCUCGCCAUAUACGUAUUCACACAGGAGAAAAACCAUACCAGUGUGAUAUAUGUGGUAAGGCAUUCUCUAGAAAAUAUGUUUUGUUCAGUCACAAAAAUAGUCACUCACAAGUAAAACCAUACCACUGUAAUAUCUGCGGUAAAAUGUUCUCUUACAGUACUGGUUUAAAUAGUCAUAAACAGACUCAUACAGAAGAUACACCAUACCACUGUGAUGGCUCUGAUGAAACAUUUUCAGACAGCAUUAGUUUAUCUUCUCACAAACAUACUCACACAGAGGAGAAACUAUACUGCUGUGAUGUCUGUGGUAAAUCAUUCUCUGUCAACAGUAAUUUAUGUAGCCACAAACGUACUCACACAGGAGAGAAACCAUACCAUUGUGAUAUCUGUGAUAAAACAUUUUCUAGGAGUAGCUCUUUGUCUACUCACAAACGUUUUCACACAGGUGAAAAACCUUACCACUGCAAUAUCUGUGGUAAAUCAUUCUUUGCUGCUAGUGGUUUAUAUUUCCACAAACGAACUCACACAGGAGAGAAACCACACCAUUGUGAAAUCUGUGGUAAAACAUUUUCUAUGAGUUAUAGUUUAUCUAACCACAAACGUACACACACAGGAGAGAAACCAUAUCACUGUGGUGAUUGUGGUAAAACAUUUACUUACAACAGUUCUUUGUAUCGUCACAAAAGGAUUCACAGAAAUGAUAAAUAAUAAUUGAGGCACACCAUAUAACACUGAUUGGAAUUUGUGAACGAAAAUAUUUACAGCUCUCUGACACACUACCAUUGUCAUAUAUGUCCAUGCAUGUGAUUGCUUUACUGAUUUCAGGAAUGUGACCAUGUUGGAGUACUGCCUUUAUGGAUUUCAGUUAAUUGCAUUGUCAAUAGUAUUGUACCUUUUCAGAAGGGUAAAAAGCAAGAUAGAUUGAUCUGAACUUAAAGUAACAUAAAGGAAUAUUUCCAAAUAUUCAGAUAACCUGUCAAUUAAAGUUCUUAAAUAUACAAGAUAAUUGUUAUUGUUAUUGGAAACAAACUACAUUGGUAUUUAUUGCACAAAUUCCACCAUGAUUAAGUUUCGAAUACUCUAAGGGUUUCAUCAUUCAUGUACACUGUUUACAUUAAUCAGAGUGGUUCCACAUGGCCGCAGUCAAAUGACUGAAACAAGUAAAAGAGUAAAGAGUAAAAUAUUCUUAAAUAUUACAUUUACAAUUAAUUUUGCUUGAGAUUAAAUUUAAUAUCCAGCCUGAUUUCUAAAUCCAAACAGUUAUAUUCACUGUUGUACUGUCUUUAACACUAUUUGGUGGUGUACCAGGUGUUUUACUUUGUUUAGAUGAUGUUUUAAUAUCAAAAGUUUUCACAAACGAAAAAUAGGUAUUAUUAAUAUAUAUAGUAAAAGGUUGUAUGGAUAUGUGCUCUGGUAUUACCACAUGUAAUACAGUAUUAGGUGUGCAUAGAUAGUUUUGAAAACUAUUUCUAUACAGUUUUUAAUAAUACCAUUAACAUGUCACUACUAUGUAACAAUAAUUUAGUAGACAUAACCUCACUUUUGUACUGGGAUUUAUUAAGAUAAAAGAUAUCACAAUGUGCUCACAUACACAAAAAUAAUGAUAAUAAUAAUUGUACUACGAUAAUUAACACCUGAUAUUUGGAUAAAAUGUCUUUAUAUGAAAAAAAUAAAACGCAUCAGAAUGAAAUCAGUUUUUUUUUUUUUUUUAAGAAAAUGCAAAUAAAAGUAUAAAAUAGU